AUGUCCUCCGCACUCCGAUUUUUUCGCUACCUUCGAAGCUACCCGCUAUGCCCGUUUUGCUACAAUAAUCCGCCGUUUGAGAAUAUGCCGGAAGCGAGCGGAUGCAUCAAUUGUCCGCAUCCAUCUUGUCCGAAUUCCUACAAUGGUGUCGGUGUUUGCGGAUGCCUGCAGAAUUGCGGCGGUGUGAUGGUCGUCGAUGUUCAAUCGCAUCCGAAAUGGCGGCUCACGUGCAACAAAUGCGCGUCGGUUAUUGCGCUAUUCGACAGGGCUCAAAAAAUAAUGAUCGAAGUUGCGCGGAAUGCGGAGCGCAAUUUAUUCGUGCUGAGUAUAAGACGGCUGGAUCGAAUCCACUGA